AAUUAUUAUUAUUAUUAAAGUAAGUAAGUGAUUUUUAAUCUGGUCGUUGCUAUUAUGUGUCUUCCAAGUGCUAUUUCCAGUGUACAAAGACCAAAUCAUGGGGAGAUGGUGGCGGGGUAUAAAUAAAGUUUUAUUAUUAUUAUUAUUAUUUACUUGGUAAUUUUUCUUCAAAGGAGGUUUCCUUUUGCCUUCCUUUGAGGCUGAGAAAGUGAGGCUUCCUGAGGCUUCCAUGGUUGAGAAGUAACUUUUCCAAGCUUGGAUAUGAGUAUUAGGUAGCCUUCAUGGCCUGGUAAUUCCUGGAAUAUUGCAGUGCCUUCUUGGGGUGGGAGUGGGUAUAGGAAAAAGGUUCCCUUGAGUCUUAGUGGGGCCCCUCUCCAUAGUUGUAGAGUGAUAAUGGUCAACUAGGCCAUUAUUUAUUUGCAGAUUUUAAUCUUACUGAUUGGCCUAGUUCAGACUAAUACAAUGUAAUUUUUUUUAAAAGACAAGCCAAAACAUGACAAUUAAAAUCAGAGCCCUGUCACCCUAUAAUCCUAAAUAAAACAAGAAUGAUGGCAUUAGUUCAAAAUGCAAUUUAGUCACUGAGAUUUUCUAAUAAUGCACAUUUUGCCACCCUUUGGGUCAGGUGGUGCUAUUAAUCAUCUACGUCUGUUGACUUUCUAUUCCCAGCAUUCAUAUGGCAGAGUUGCCAGGGAGCUGCUUGUCUUCAGUUUCGAUUUUCUUCGGAGUUGCGGGGAAAAAAGGUGGAGCCUAGGCUGGACUGACUUGAAACCAAACAAUUAUUUUAAAAGACAGGUAGACAGAGCAGAGGUUGAUCAUGACCGAUCCAGUUGUGUGUAGUUUUAUCACUAAGAUCCUUUGCUCCAUGGGGGGCAGUUCAAGUUACCAGGAGAUUCUUCCUCUCUUGGGGCUCCCUGACCACCAGUUAAGGCAGAUCUUGGAGGAGUCAGGGAAGGAAAGAUUUCUGGUCAAUGAGCAAGGCACCUCACUUCAGGUGCUAGCGAUCUCUCCAAUGCGUCUGUGUCUGAAGAAUGAGUGUGACGGGUGUGAACAUCUUCAUAUUUGCAAGAACUACCUCAAGAAGAAAUGUUUCAGGCCUGCUGGUGGCAGACGGGCUUGCAAAUACUCUCAUGAUAUUUUAUCAGAGGAUAACCGAAAAGUUCUGAAGAACCAUGAACUCUCUGGCCUCAAUGAGAAUGAAUUAUGUGUUUUACUUCUCCAGAAUGACCCCUUUCUCCUUCCUGAUGUGUGCAACGCCUACAACAAAGGGGAGGGGAACUGCAACCAGCAAGAUAAUUGCUCCAAGCUUCAUAUUUGCCGGUACUUUCUCAAAGGACAGUGUCGCUUUCCGCGAUGCAAGAGAUCUCAUCGCCUUAUGGAUCCAAUAGCUUUGAAGUUGCUGCUUGCAGAAGGAUUGGAUAAUAAGAUGGCUUUCAAUAUUCAAACAAUCUGUAAUUACAAAACUACCGCAUUGGCUAGAGAAUUAGGUGCAAACAAAUGCUCCUCCUCAAAGGCCAAACCUACAGCAAAUCAAGAAAAGUCUGGAAAUCAGAGUAAAUCCAUAUUUGAGCAGACUUCCAGCUUGAAUACUUUUAUGAACAUAGACCCAAACGAAGGCUCCUCCUCAAAGGCCAAACCUACAGCAAAUCAAGAAAAGUCUGGAAAUCAGAGUAAAUCCAUACUUGAGCAGACUUCCAGCUUGAAUAAUUUUAUGAACAUAGACCCAAACCAAGAUGUGAAAACAGCUCAUUGUUCUAUAUCUCCCCAGAAUGCAGAGAAAGAGAAAAUUGAUGAGAUAUGUCUAUAUUAUCUCUUUCAGUUCUGCAAGCAUAAAAAUAACUGCAAUAUGAUCCAUUACCAUUUGCCUUAUCGAUGGCAGGUGCAUAGUGUAAGUGGUUGGAAUGAUUUACCCAAUGGAGUGGAAAUAGAAAAAGCCUAUUGUGACCCAAGUAUUACCAGUCUUUUGAAUUUGGGUGUCAAUUUUGGGACUAUGACCUCUUUAACUGAUCCAAUUCGACGUCUAUCCACUCCAUCAUCAGUCACCAAACCUGCUAAAUUUGUAAUGACAACAAAGUGGCUUUGGUACUGGAAAAAUGACAUGGGCCAAUGGAUUGAAUAUGGAAAACAGGAUGGAAAAGCUCAAGGCUCUAACAUAUGUUCUGAUGAUCUAGAGAAUGUAUUUCUAGCAGAUCCGAAGCGCAGCAUCCAGUUCCAAGCAGACUCCCAGCUUUAUGUUAUCAGCUUUAAAGAUAUGACCCAGAGGAAUGUGCUCUACCAAACCCAGAGAGAGGUCCGGAGACGCCCCAAGUUUGUUUCUUCUGAAGAUGUAAAGAUGAAGAAAGGGCACACAGCCCAUUCAGCUCCAGUGCUUGUUACCUUGCCACCUCCAUCACCCAACUAUCCCAGCCACUGGGACAAAUCAGCAUUACCUUCAAUUGGGUUCAAGGUUAUUGAUCUCACCAAAAUAUCACCUGAAUACAUUAACAUUGAGACUCUUUUUCAAAAGACAAUGAAAAAUCAUGUCAUCCACAGAAUAACAAGGAUCCAGAAUCCAUCACUUUGGGAAAUCUUCCAGUGGCAAAAAGAUCAGAUGAAGAAGAAAAAUGGAGGGAAAGACAUUGAUGAGCGACUCCUGUUCCAUGGGACAAGCUCUAGUGCCAAAGCCAUCUGUAAUGACAAUUUUGACUGGCGAAUUUGUGGGACAAAUGGAACAGUAUUUGGAAAAGGGAGCUACUUUGCCAGAGAUGCACGAUAUUCCCAUAACUAUUGCAAGCAUGAUGAAAAGAUAAAGGUGAUGUUUGUGGCUCAGGUCCUCGUUGGCGACUUUGUUGUAGGCAAUGCAAAUUAUACUCGUCCGCCAGCAAAAUCAACUGGCACCCUCCAGUAUUAUGACAGUUGUGUGGAUAACAUGAUAGACCCAUCCAUCUUUGUUAUUUUUGAGAAGCACCAGAUCUAUCCUGCCUAUAUGAUUUAUUAUGGUGAAGAAGAAAAGAAAUGCAUUUUGUCAUAAUUGACUGGAAAAAUUUUAAAUUGCUGUAAUGUUUAUACUUAACAGAUUUUAUCGGUGCAACAUAUAUAAGAUGCCCUGCUACUCCACUGAUUAGAUAGCUAUGCUUUUACUUACCCAUAUUUAAAAAAAAAAAUCAGCCCAGAAGUAAUUGUGGGCCUCUCUAAGUCUUCUAUGCUUGCAGUCAAAGUCAAAAUACGGCGUUCACUAUUAUACAGUCCUAAAAUAUAUUUUCUGUGGAUACAGGGGCUGCACUGUACCUUAAAAUUUUUAAGAAAUGUUGUAUCAGUGCUGUUUGAGGAAGGGAGAGAUCAUAUUCUCUUUAUAUUAGCAGAGUCAAGAUACAGCAAAAACAUAAGCAUGGCGUACUUAUAGUAUAAAUAAGUCACGAGAACUGCAGCAUUUUCAAUAUCACUGUAAUUGAUUUCAUAUAUUAAGGGAAACUUUUAGAGUCCCUUGAAUGUUUUAAUUUUUAAUGUGUUCGGUUUUAUUGAUGGAGAUUUAAUCCAUCAAAUAAUGUGUAGGACAAACCUUUACUGAUAUUUUCUGUCCUACUACACGGAUAUUCAUUUUCGUUGUACCAGAGAUGUCUGGAAGUUUGUAUCAGAAGAUAUUCUUCUUAACUCUGGCACAGUUCAUCUUUUCCUCCCCAGAUGACUAGGUUGGUUGUAGUAAUCUAUAUUCCAAUGGCCUAGAAAUAUGGUGAGAAUAUUACUCAAAUACGUUGAAUCCAUAGCAUAAAGCUUCGUAUCAUUUGAUUUCUGAGGCCAAAAACAUAACUCUUUAACUAUUUACACAUAGUUUGGCACAAAAGCCAUGUUUCUGUUCAGAGCCAGAAUCCUUUGCCAUGAAACUCAUCUAAAGAUGCUGAAUUUCAGUAGGCAAUACUGAUCAAUCACAUAGAGUGCUAUUUUUCAAAGAAUUAUUUAACUUUAGUAUCCUGGAUGGAUAUAAGACACAUGUGUCAAACUUAAGUCCCACAACAUAGUUUUGUGCCCUGCGAGGUACAGAUGGAUUUCAGAACUUGUAGUUGCUUCCUGUGCUGGUGCCAUCCCGUCUACUAAGUCCUCUGUGUUUCAAAUGCAGCAGACAAAGAGGACAUAGCCAAUGCUUUGUGAUGCCAGCAUAGGGAGCGGGUGUCAUCUUAGAUCCUGAGUUCUGGGGCUCAACUCCACACCAUUCUGUUCAUCAAGUCACAGGUAGUGGCUUCCAAGGUUGCAAGUUGGGCAGAGGAUAGUGUGUGAUACGGUUAUUUAGCAGUGUGUUAAGCAGUAGCUACAUUUAUACAGCCUUACAAUCACUAAGUGCCAAUUUGCAAAUGUAGUGUCUCUAUAAUUAAGACAUGUAUCUCCUGUUAUUGUAACUCAAGCAAUCCCGCAUGGACAAAAUUACAAUUAUUAAAUAAAAUGUGUCUAUACUUUGUAGAGAACGUUUUAAUUCAUGGCAGCUUCAAUUUUAUUUUCGCACAUGUUUCUUUCUUUUUGGCUUCUCCUUUAUAAUGUUUUUAUAAGCAAGGGGUGAUACGGUUGCAAAGAAAUAAUUAAAAGUAUGAAACAUUCAGCACAUUGAUGCUUUGCGAAUGCAGCAUUUUUCUAAAUCAAGCAGAGUAUUUGAAGAUUGGGACAUUCAUAGGGACAGCAAGAUGCUUGUUUAUAAAGCAGUUGUUCUUCCAAUUCUACCCUGUUUCCCCUAAAAUAAGACAUCCCCAGAAAAUAAGACCUAGUAAAGGUUUUGCUGAAUUGCUAAAUAUAAGGCCUCCCCCGAAAGUAAGACCUAGCAAAGUUUUUGUUUGGAAGCAUGCCCAACGAACUGAACACCAGAGCAUGCAGGAUCGGUAAAUGUACGUACCAUAGUGUUGUACAUGGAAAUAUUGGUAGUAACAAGAAAUUCUUGACAGGAUUGUUUGUCUGGUUAUGCUGGUUUGUGAUGACAACUACUGUAUAGUAUAUAAUAAAUGUUCAUUUUUUGUUCCAACAAUAAAUGUGAAUUCUUCAUGGAAAAAUAAAACAUCCCCUGAAAAUAA